AACAUUUAUAUUUCACUUCCAGCUCGAACUAUUUACAAAAACACAAACUAAAAUGGCCGACAAACCAAAACGCCCACUCUCCGCCUACAUGCUGUGGCUCAACAGUGCCCGUGACUCCAUCAAGAGGGAAAACCCCGGCAUUAAGGUUACCGAGGUGGCCAAGAAGGGAGGUGAAUUAUGGCGGGCAAUGAAGGACAAGUCUGAGUGGGAGGCCAAGGCUGCCAAGGCCAAGGAUGACUACGAUCGGGCCGUUAAGGAGUUCGAGGCCAAUGGUGGCAGCAGUGCUGCCAACGGCGGUGCCAAGAAGCGCGCGAAACCCGCGAAAAAGGCAUCGAAGAAGAGCAAGAAGGAUGAGUCCGAUGAGGAUGAUGAUGAUGAAAGCGAGUAGACCCAUCUCCUCCCAACCAUCAUCCCCAAGUCACCCACACACACACACAAACACACACACAUAAUACCUACAAACAAAAAAUGCAACAAAAAAAAAAAUUACAUCCAACAUCAAACAAGAAGAAACCCCAUUUGUAAACAAUCUGAAUAGAAUAUAGUGGAAGACCCAACACGAUCCAAGACGAUUGUCAAAUCAUCUCAUCUCGAAUGUUAAGAUCACCUGUUGGGGCUGCAGCUACGCGUUACAUGGGAAAUGAACAAAAAAAACCAUAAAAAACCAACCACGAAAAUAAGCAAAAUUGUAUUUAUACAUAUGAAUUUAAGUUUAUAGUAGAGUCGUUUCUUUUAUAAAUACCUACAUAUAUAUACAAAGAAAAGGACAACCAACAGGAGAAGAAUGAGAAGAAGAAGAUAAAGAAGAAGAUAAAGAAGAAGAAGAAUAAGAAGCAGAAGAGAGAAGAGGAGAAGGAAGCACGUUUGAGGUGUUUUUUUGUUCGAUUCUGAUGAGAAGAAAGAAAAUUUAUCUUGCAUAUAAAGUUGUAAAGUAAACGAUAAAAUAAUUCCAUUAAAAAAAAUAAAAAAUUAUACAAAAACA